ACUGGUUGAGUAUUCAUCUGACCUUUUGCCUGCCAGUCAGUGGCGUGCCGCGUAACUCUUAGCACACAGACAGUACAGCACGAUGCCGGCUCCCGCUGCUGCAAAGGCGCCUGCUCCUGCUGACGCCAAGAAGGCCUCCAGUGGUUCCAGCAGCGGCUCUUCCACCCCGGAUAGCUCCGGAUCUGAGGAGAACUCCAAAAUUGGAGAUUUGAGCCUCACAAAGGACCAGAUUAUAUUACUGAAAAAUGCUUUCACAGCCUUCGACCAAGAGAAGAAAGGCUGCAUCGGGAUCAGCAUGAUUGGCACCAUCUUGGAAUUGCUGGGUCACGCUCAGACCAAUGCGCAGUUGGAGGCUAUCGUCAAAGAGGUCGACCUUGACGGGUCAGGAGAGUUGGAGUUCGAGGAGUUCUGUAUCCUGGCGUCUAAGUUCCUGACUGAGGAGGAGGAGGACACGAACGCUGAACUCCUCAACUCCGAGCUCAAGGAGGCCUUCAGAUUCUACGAUAGAGAUGGGAAUGGGUACAUCACUACGGAAGACUUCAAGGAGAUCCUGAGGGAAUUGGAUCCUGAGAUCCCGGAGUCCGAGCUGAUCGGGAUGGUCAAUGAGAUUGAUGUUGAUGACUCAGGCACUGUGGACUUUGAAGAGUUCCAACGAGCUCUUCGUUAAAAGAAAAUUGGCUGUGAGGAGGGAAAACAGGAUGUACAUAAACAGCUGAACCUUUUCAAGUGGACAUAAUGACGAAACAUAUCCAUUGAAGAUUCAUGAAAAGAAAUUCUUUUAACUUGUCAUGUUGACAUACAUUUUUAUAUAAUGGUGACAUCAGUUGUUGAUUGCACAAUGUUGAAAUUGUUAUUUAAUGUUGACAGUGUUUUAACCUAAAGAACUUGUUAUGGAAGUGACUCUUGUACUGUAUUUCAUUUGAAAUAAAUUGCUAUAUUUUUGUUUUAAA